AUGCUCCUGUUAAAUAUUUUCUAUGUUACGGCCCUCAGCCUGCUGUCAUCAUUAAUAGCUCCUGUCGCUGCAGUACCCGCUCAUAAAGAUGGCUCGCCUAUUCCUCCAGAGGCACAGCUCCUCUUUCAACUGAAGAUGAAUCUUGGGCAGUCGGUGUCUUUUGGUAUCGGCCCCCGCGGCAACCGGUUUUCCGAUCCCAUCCUCGGCGGAUCAUUUGAAGGACCGAAGUUGACUGGCACUGUACUCCCGGUGGGAGCGAACUGGGGCCUUCUCGAUGCUCGGGGAGGGUUCUUGGCAAUCACCAUCUUCCAGUUCCAGACCGCCGACGGGGCUAACAUUUUUGUCCGCGGCACUGGGCCUACUCCGAACGGAAAGGGUCUAUUCUAUAUCAGCUUGGAAACUGGUGCAGAGAACUAUUACUGGGUGAAUGAUAUCAUGGUGGUCGGCACAGUCAAUGUCGACAGAGAGAAGGGCUUUGUCACUAUCGAUGCUUGGCAGCUGAUACCCCCGGUUGAUUAA